UCUGAUUCUGUUUUUAGAUAAGCGCCAUAAAAACUUGACUUGUGUUUUUACUUGCGUGUCUUUGUGAAUUAUAAAUCUAAUAAAUUCCAAACCCCAGCAAUUCAGUCGCCAGAUUCAAAAGGAAAUGUCGCAGAGGAAACCAAAAGUCUUGCCAUUAAACGGAGGCAGUUAUACAUUGACGCCUUUACAGCUAAGCGACGAGCAGAAAUGUCGCCAGGUACGUGAACUACUACAAGGUUUGGUGUUGAGUGACGCCACGAUAGAACGUAUAAAAAGUGUGUUUAGAAAUGAAAUGGAACUAGCAUUAAAUGAGAAACCAUCAUCACUACAAAUGGAAAAUACUUACAUACCAGAAUUACUUGAUGGAACAGAAAAUGGUUCAUACCUUGCUAUGGACUUGGGUGGCACAAAUUUACGCGUGUUGCUUGUAGAAUUAUGCCAAGGAAAAGUCUGUAACGAGUUGGUUAAGCAUUACCCACUGCCGAAUGAUUUGCGUAUAGGUUGUGGCACACGUCUCUUCGACUAUUUAGCGCAAUGUGUUAAAGACUUCAUUAGUGAUAACGAACUGCGUACUGAUUUCAUAUAUCCUUUGGGAUUCACCUUCUCAUUUCCAAUGCAUCAACAUUCGCUUAACUCGGCGGUGCUGGUAACGUGGACUAAGUCCUUCAAUUGUCCAUCCAUUGUGGGGGAGGACGUGGUGGAAAAGCUGCGUGAAUCAUUGGCAAGCUGCGGUUGCCAUAAUGUCGAAGUGAUUGCCAUAUUGAAUGAUACAACCGGCACGCUGAUGCACGGCGCAUUACUAAAUCAUCAAACUCGCAUCGGCAUUGUGGUCGGCACCGGCACCAACGGCUGUUACAUGGAAUAUGCCGAUCGUGUCAAGCAUUGGGAAGAGAAACGACACGAGGGUGAAAAUUAUGUGGUUAUCGACGUUGAGUGGGGUGCGUUUGGCGACAAUGGUGUUUUGGAUUUCAUACGUACGGAUUACGAUCGUGCUGUUGACGAAGGAUCGCUCUUGAGAAAUUCUUUCACUUUUGAAAAAUAUAUUGGCGGUAAAUAUUUGGGCGAGCUUUGUCGUGUUAUACUAAAGGGCCUCUAUGAUGCUGGGCUUUUCAUGGUGCACUUGCCACAAGAGAAUUUUCCAAAACCUUGGACUUUCAACACAAAUAUCAUAUCAUUAAUUGAGGAAGAUACAAUCCACAAUUGUUUUGAACGCACGCAUAACGUUUUGAAGGAACACUUUGUAAGUAGUGCUGACUACACAACGGAUGAUUGUUACGUGAUACGGUAUGUUUGUGGUGUGAUUUCAUUGCGUGCAGCACAAUUACUGUCCAUAAAUACAUCGAUGCUGCUAAACCGCAUGAACGAUGAGCGGGAUAUCACAAUAGCAAUUGAUGGUUCCGUAUACAAACUUCAUCCACGAAUACGACAUUGGCUCGACGACUAUACCAAACUCUGGACGCCCGAUAAAAAUAUCAAUUAUAUGUUAGCUGAGGACGGAAGUGGAAAAGGUGCGGCUCUUGUAGCAGCGAUUGCAGAUAAAUUGCGCAAGCGGUAUUAGCUUCGUUCGCAUUGGACACAUACUGGAUUUGUAUAAAUGUAUAUAUUUAGUUAAUAUUGUUAUACUUAACUGCAAAAUGAAAUUGCUGAUUGAAAGAAAUUCAAUGUAAAAUUGUUGUAAAUGUUUAAAAUCUUAAAUAUUUAACGAAUUGAAUUGAA